AUGGAUGAUGAUGAUGGUAUGGAAUUAAAUAUCUCUUUUACAAAGCCAGUGCCAAAACCAAAGCCUGUUGCAAAAGAGAUAGAAACAACUAAACAAACAACGACAACAUCUACAAAUUCUUCAUCAUUAUCAAAUUAUAAUAACAACAAUAUAAAAGAUAAUAGUAAAUUUAAUAAUAAUAAUAAUAAAGAUAAUAAUAACAAUAAAGAUAAUAUUAAUAAUUAUAAUAAUAAAAAGAGAAAUUUUAAUGAAUCAAGUGAAAAUAUAAAUAAUAAUAAUAAUAAUAAUAAUAAUAAUAAUAAUAAUAAUAAACAGGUUAAUAACAAUAACAAUAACAUUAAAUCGAAUGAAUAUAAAGCAAAACAAGUUAAACCAAAAGAAGAAGAGAAUGUUAAACAUAGAUAUAAAAAAACAGAGGAGGAAACAAAUAGUAUUCAAUAUUACUCGAGUAAUGUCAAUAAAUAUAAGGAGUUGGAGAAAGGUAAACGAUUGGAUAUGAAUUACAAACCAAAGUUACCAACGCUGCUGCCAAAGAACGAAGCCGAUAGACAAGAGUAUUUCGGUGACGACGAACAAACCUCGAAUUUUGGUAGUCUAAAACUGAUCAGCAAGCUCUCGGAGAAUCUCACUGGACAUAUGCAACUGCAGCAACCGACUCUUAUUCAAUCGUCGGCCAUACCACCUAUCAUCGACGGACACGACGUACUGGUGAAAGCGCAGACCGGUAGUGAUCUUCGAGGUGUUACAGAAGCUGUUGAAGCCGUUCCACUGGAUUGUGCCUGGUCUGAUUAUGGGUGGUGA